GCGGCACAGGAAACUCGAGGCGGGAAGAUGAAAACGACGAACGUGGUCAUGAAAAUGACAAGCUACAGAGACCAUUAUUUAAAGACGAAUGUUUUAGAAAAAUGGAAUUAAUGAUCGAAUUGUUAGUAUACCAUUAUUUGUAG